GUGGUCGGUUUGAGUUGAGCGGUUACUGAAAGCAAAGGAGAGGAGGGAGUGAGUGUCGACCGACCACUUCCAUUCAUUCAUCCCUUCAUCACCUUCUAUCCAUCCCUUCCUUUCUUCUCCACACACACUUGAGUUUGACGCUUCCAUGGCUGGAAACGACUGGAUUAACAGCUACCUCGAGGCCAUUCUCGACGUCGGCCCUGGUAUCGACGAGGUCAAGUCCUCCCUGCUUCUCCGGGAGAGGGGAAGGUUCAGUCCUACCAGAUACUUUGUCGAAGAGGUCAUUACUGGCUUCGAUGAGACCGAUUUGCAUCGCUCCUGGGUUAGAGCGCAAGCCACUGGCGGUACUAAGGAGAGGAACACCAGACUAGAGAACAUGUGUUGGCGGAUAUGGAAUUUAGCUCGCCAGAAGAAGCAGCUUGAGGAAAAGGAGGCACAGAGAAACGCUAAACGCCAUCUUGAGCGUGAAAGAGGCCACAGAGAAGCUGUUGCUGAUAUGUCUGAAGACCUAUCCGAGGGAGAGAAAGGAGAUGUAGUUAAUGAUCUUUCAUCUCAUUGUGAAAGCAACAAAGGUCGCUUACCAAGGACUAGUUCAGGUGAUGCUUUGGAGACUUGGGCUAGUCAACAAAAGGGGAAAAAAUUAUAUAUUGUGUUGAUAAGCCUUCAUGGUUUGAUACGAGGUGAAAACAUGGAGCUUGGACGUGAUUCUGAUACUGGUGGGCAGGUAAAGUAUGUUGUUGAGCUGGCAAGGGCUUUAGGUUCGAUGCCAGGUGUAUAUCGUGUAGAUCUGUUCACUAGACAAGUAUCAUCACCUGAUGUAGACUGGAGCUAUGGUGAACCCACAGAGAUGUUGCCUCCACUUCAUUCCGAGGGAUUAAUGGAUGAAAUGGGAGAGAGUAGUGGUGCCUACAUAGUUCGUAUUCCUUUUGGGCCAAGAGAAAAAUAUAUUCCAAAAGAACUUUUAUGGCCCCACAUCCCUGAAUUUGUCGAUGGUGCUCUCAGCCACAUUAUACAGAUGUCAAAAGUUCUUGGUGAGCAAAUUGGCAAUGGACAUCCAGUCUGGCCUGCUGCUAUCCACGGGCAUUAUGCUGAUGCUGGUGACUCGGCUGCUCUUUUGUCUGGUGCUCUCAAUGUCCCAAUGCUUUUCACCGGCCACUCACUGGGCCGUGAUAAGCUGGAGCAACUCUUGAGACAAGGACGGUUGUCGAGGGAUGAGAUUGAUUCUACUUAUAAGAUCUUUCGAAGAAUAGAGGCAGAAGAAUUAUCCCUUGAUGCUUCUGAAAUGGUUAUUACUAGUACAAGGCAGGAGAUAGAUGAGCAGUGGCGUUUGUAUGAUGCUUUUGAUCCAAUUCUGGAACGCAAAAUACGUGCUAGGGUCAAGCGAAAUGUGAGCUGUUAUGGAAGAUUCAUGCCACGCACUGUUGUUAUACCACCUGGAAUGGAAUUUCAUCACAUAGUUCCAAAUGAGGGAGACAUAGACACAGAAAUAGAGGCAAAUGAAGAUGGGAGUUCUCCUGAUCCACCUAUUUGGGCAGAGGUAAUGCGUUUCUUUCAAAAUCCUAGAAAGCCUAUGAUUCUUGCACUAGCCAGGCCUGAUCCAAAGAAGAACCUGACAACAUUGGUCAAAGCAUUUGGGGAAUGCCGACCGCUAAGGGAGCUUGCUAAUCUUACCUUAAUAAUGGGAAACAGAGAUAAUAUUGACGAAAUGUCCGGCAUGAAUGCAUCUCUUCUUCUUUCAAUUCUUAAACUGAUCGAUAAAUAUGAUCUUUACGGUCAAGUUGCUUAUCCGAAACAUCAUAAACAAUCAGAAGUCCCUGACAUCUAUCGUCUUGCCGCAAAGACAAAGGGUGUCUUCAUAAAUCCAGCUUUUAUUGAGCCUUUUGGCCUUACACUGAUCGAGGCUGCGGCACAUGGCUUGCCAAUUGUUGCCACAAAAAAUGGUGGCCCUGUGGACAUACACAGAGUCUUAGACAACGGUCUUCUUGUCGAUCCCCAUGAUCAGCAGUCAAUUGCUGAUGCUCUUCUCAGGCUGGUUGCUGAGAAGAAUCUCUGGGUAAAAUGUAGAGCAAAUGGGUUGAAGAAUAUUCACCUUUUCUCAUGGCCGGAACAUUGUAAGACAUAUCUCUCCAGGAUAGCAGGGUGCAAACCGCGGCAACCUAGUUGGCUGAGGAACAAUGACGACGAUGAUGAAAAUUCAGAAUUGGAGUCACCAAGUGAUUCAUUGAGAGAUAUACAUGAUUUAUCUUUAAACUUGAAGUUCUCAUUCGAUGGCGACAAGAAUGAGAGCAUAGAAAAUGCCGAUUCUACCUUUGACUCUGAAACCCGAAGGAGUAAGCUAGAAACUGCUGUUUUAAUGUCAUCCAAGUUAGCCGCAAAGACUGCUACGAAACCUGGAUCUGCUACAGAUAAAGGAGACUUAGGCGCUGGUAAGUUUCCAGCAUUGAGGAGGAGGAAAAACAUGUAUGUUAUCGCCGUGGAUUGUGCUGCUAAUGCUGAACUUUCUGAAGUUAUUAGAAAGAUAUUCGGCGCCUUAGAGAAGGAGAUGGCUGAAGGCUCGGUUGGAUUUAUCCUGGCAACAUCCUUUAACAUAAAUGAGAUUCUUUCGUUUCUGAGUUCUGAAAGAUUGAGCCCUAUUGAUUUCGAUGCAUUCAUUUGCAAUAGUGGGGGAGAUCUUUACUAUUCUUCGCCACAUUCAGAAGAGAAUCCAUUUGUGAUCGACCUGUAUUAUCAUUCACAUAUCGAGUAUCGCUGGGGGGGUGAAGGUUUGAGGAAGACUUUAGUCCGAUGGGCAGCCUCUAUAACAGAAAACAGAGACGGAAAGGAAGAACAAAUCGUCGUUGAAGAUGAAGCGACUUCAGCCGACUACUGCUAUUCAUUCAAAGUUCUGAAGCCGGGAUCGGUUCCCCCUUUAAAGGAGUUGAGGAAACAGAUGAGAAUUCAGGCGCUACGAUGUCACGUUGUGUAUUGCCAAGAUGGAAGUAAAAUCAAAGUAGUUCCAGUCCUGUCGUCUCGCUCCCAGGCUCUUAGGUACAUAUAUCUUCGAUGGGGUAUGGAGUUGUCGAAAGUGGUGGUUUUUGUGGGGGAGAAUGGAGACACGGACUAUGAAGGAUUGCUCGGCGGCAUCCAUAAGUCUGUAGUGCUGACGGGAGUUUGCAGCGGCGACAGCAGCAGCGUGAACUAUGCUGCCCAGCGAAGCUACAGUCUUGGCGACGUGGUGUACUACGACAGCCCCAACAUUGCGCGCACUCGACAAGCACAAGACUUUACCUCGGCCGAUAUCAGAGCCUCCCUCGAAGAACUACUCUCACUCCAAGGCCUCAAAUCUUAGUUUCAGGUAACAAGGACUUCUCUCUCUCUCUCUCGGAUUGAUGUUUUUGCUACUACAACGCAAUUUAUAUAUAGUAUGCGUUCAUAAAUAAUACUAAUGAGUUGUAAUAAGUUAAUUAUGAUGUACAUAAAUAAAUAAUUGAAUAGGAUGGAUCAUAAUCCAGUGAAUUUUAUUUAAUUGGGAUAAUAAUUGUGGCUUUAGAAAUAAUGAGUUUAUUCCUUA